AUGCAGCCCCUGGUGAUGCAGGAAUGGCCCUAUGCCCUCCCACAAUGUCCUGAGUGGCACGGCACAGAGCAGGUACAGCACAGCAGCACUGCCCGUGUGCUGUCUCAGGUUGAAGCCCCACAGGAUGGUGCAGGACCCUCGUGUGUAACCCCCUGGGCUGUGAGUGGUGCUGCAGGGCCCAGGGCCCCUCUGGAGAUGAAUCUUUGCUGGAACGAGAUCAAGAAGAAAUCCCAGAGCCUGCGGGCUCGGCUGGAGGCCUUUUCCGACCACAGUGGGAAGCUGCAGGUGCCUCUGCAGGAGAUCAUAGACUGGCUGGGGCAGAAGGAUGAGGAGCUCUCGGCACAGCUGCCCCUGCGAGGGGACGUCGUCCUGGUGCAGCAGGAGAAGGAGACCCAUGCGGCUUUCAUGGAAGAGGUGAAGUCUCGGGGACCAUACAUUUACUCUGUCCUGGAGUCAGCACAGGCUUUCCUUUCCCAGCAUCCCUUUGAGGAAUUGGAAGAACCAACUUCAGAAAGCAAAGAUGUGUCUCCCCGGCACCGCAUCCAGAACAUCAGCCGCUUUGUCUGGAAGCAGGCGAACGUGGCCAGCGAGCUAUGGGAGAAGCUCACAGCGCGUUGUGUGGACCAGCACCGACACAUCGAACGGACACUGGAGCAGCUCCUGGAGAUUAAAGGGGCCAUGGAGGAGCUCAGCACUACACUGGACCAGGCUGAAAGCGUGCAUGAAACCUGGGAGCCCAUUGGGGACCUCUUCAUUGACUCCUUGCCAGAGCACAUCCAGUCGACCAAGCUGUUCAAAGAGGAGCUGUCCCCCGUGAAGGAUGGGGUGAAAGUGGUCAAUGACCUUGCACACCAACUUGCCAUCUCAGAUGUCCACUUAUCCAUGGAGAAUUCCCGUACCCUGGAGCAGAUCAACACGCGCUGGAAGCAGCUGCAGGCCUCCAUAAACGAACGCCUGAAACAGCUCCAAGAUGCCCAUCGGGACUUCGGACCAGGCUCCCAGCACUUCCUCUCCUCCUCCGUGCAGGUUCCCUGGGAGCGAGCCAUUUCCCCCAACAAAGUGCCAUACUACAUCAACCACCAGGCCCAGACAACGUGCUGGGACCACCCAAAGAUGACGGAGCUGUACCAGACGCUGGCGGAUUUGAACAACAUCAAGUUCUCAGCCUAUCGGACAGCUAUGAAACUGCGACGGGUACAAAAAGCCUUGAGAUUGGAUAUGGUGACCCUGGCCACAGCCUUGGAAAUCUUCAAUGAGCACGACCUGCAGCCCAGCGACCGAGCGAUGGACGUGGUGGAGGUCAUCCACUGCCUGACCACCCUCUAUGAGAGGCUGGAGGAGGAGCGGGGCAUCCUGGUCAACGUGCCGCUCUGUGUGGACAUGAGCCUCAACUGGCUCCUCAAUGUCUUUGACAGUGGCCGCAGUGGGAAGAUGAGGGCUCUCUCCUUCAAGACGGGCAUCGCAUGUCUGUGCGGGACAGAGGUCAAGGAGAAGUUCCAGUAUCUCUUCAGCCAAGUGGCCAAUGCUGGGGGGCUGUGUGACCAGCGGCACCUCGGUGUCCUGCUGCACGAGGCCAUCCAGGUCCCACGCCAGCUGGGGGAAGUGGCAGCGUUCGGAGGCAGCAACGUGGAGCCCAGCAUCCGCAGCUGCUUCCGCUUUAACAAUGGGAAGCCCACCAUCGAGGUAUCCCAGUUCCUGGAGUGGGCCAACCUGGAGCCGCAGUCCAUGGUGUGGCUGGCGGUGCUGCAUCGGGUCACCAUGGCUGAGCAGGUGAAGCACCAGACCAAGUGCUCAAUCUGCCGGCAGUGCCCCAUCAAAGGCUUCAGGUAUCGGAGCCUGAAGCAAUUCAAUGUGGAUAUCUGCCAGACUUGCUUCCUCACUGGACGAGCCAGCAAGGGCAACAAGCUGCACUACCCCAUCAUGGAAUACUACACCCCGACCACAUCCAGUGAGAACAUGAGGGACUUUGCCACAACGCUGAAGAACAAGUUUCGCUCCAAGCAGUACUUCAGCAAGCACCCACAGAGAGGUUACCUGCCCGUCCAGUCCGUCCUCGAGGCUGACUUCUCCGAGACACCAGCCUCCUCCCCGAUGCUGCCGCAUGCCGAUACCCACUCCCGCAUCGAGCACUUUGCCAGCAGGCUUGCAGAGAUGGAAAACCAGAAUUGUUCCUUCUUCAGUGACAGCCUGUCCCCUGACGAUAGCCUGGAUGAGGACCAGUACCUGCUGCGCCAUUCCAGCCCCAUCACUGAUAGAGAGCCUGGGGGCAGUCAGCCUGUGCCGGGAAGCCUGAACAUGGAUGACAAGGGAGAGCUGGAGCGAAUCCUGGCUCACUUAGAGGAUGAGAACAGGAUCCUCCAGGGAGAGCUGAGACGUUUGAAGUGGCAGCAUGAUGAGGCAGUGGAGUCUCCAACCUUGGCUACAAGCUCCCCUGAAUCCAUGCAAGACCCAUGUAACGAUGAGCUCCUGGCGGAAGCACGAAUCCUCCGGCAGCACAAGAGCCGCCUGGAGACCCGCAUGCAGAUCCUGGAGGACCACAACAAGCAGCUGGAAUCCCAACUGCACCGGCUGAGGGAGCUGCUGCUGCAGCCUCCAGCAGAGUCAGAGGGCAACGGUUCAGCACCCUCUUCCUUGGCUUCAUCUCCACAUCAGUCUGAAGGCAGCCAGGCAAAGGAGAGAGAUCACAACACCCCUGACACUGAGACUGCAGAUGAGGUGGAAGCCAAAACCCAGGAGGUCAGCGUGUGCCUGGAGGACAUCAUGGAGAAGCUGCGCAGCGCCUUCCCCAACGCUCGAGGUAUGACCUCCCUUAUCUAACACCUCCCGUGAGCCAGAGGCUUUUCCUAACCAGCUGCCUGGCUGCUUUCCUCCCCUUCCCCUCCCUGCCACGCUCCUUGUGCUGCAGCAGACCUCGCACAGACUCCCUGCGAGCCGGUUGUGUGGGAUACUUGCCAUUCCCAGAAGAUCUCAGGGGAACACAGGCCAGGCAGGAGUGGGACUGGGAUCCCAGGAGGUUGGCUUGGUCACAGCCACAGUGCCCAGGCCUGGGUGGGAAGGGUCAGAAGGAAGAACUGAAGCAGCAGCAGCUGCCUGUCUCCCCUGGCACUUGCAGGCUGCUGCCUUUCCCUGCAGCCCUUGGGGGAUGCAGAGCUCAGCAUCCCACUGCUCUUCAGCUCUGCUCUGGGUUUAUGGGCACCAAAACACUCCUGGAGGCACCCAGGUUUUACAAGAGCUCUCUCUAACAGCAUCCAGCUGCCAGCCUUAUGGAUUGAACUCUUUCUGCCAGCCAGGGCUCUGCAGCCAGCCAGGAACGUGCUGCCUGGUGGGGAGAGGCUGGGAGGUUUAUGGAGUAGGGAUGAGUCCAUGUGAGAGCUUCAGCCCAGCUAGUAGCCUUAUCUUGAGAUGGUCUUUAUAACAGAGCCUUAUCAUCUAAUUUGCAUAUAUUUCUGUAUGUUAUAUAUAUAUAUUCUGUACUUAAAUACUCUCAUGGACUCACUCCAUUAAAUUCUAAUACUGUAAGUGCAGCUGCCCUUCACUUUCAGUCCAGCCCAGGCUCUGCUCCUGCGGGGACCAGCACCCCCCCUGAUGCUGCUUUGGAGCAGGGCUGCUGUGAGGGGAGCUCAGUGCAGGGCUGGACCAGCAGCAGUCCCCAGUCCUGCCUGGUUUGCUGGGGAGCUGUGCCUUUGCUGUGACACAGAGAGCGUGUCCUGCCUGGAGGCACUCGGAGCCAGGCAGCAGGGAGGAGGAUGCUCUGCAAUGGGCAGCAGUGCAGUGGUGCUGCUGGUCCCAAAGCUCCCUCAGGCUGACUGUCUCUUGCUGUGUUAUGUCGAGGAAGAGGUAGAGGCAGGUGCUGAGGGGUGCCCAGAGUGGGGCUGAGGUGGCCCUGGUGCUCUGGGGACACAGUGAUGUGAUGUCUGAGCCCUCGGGAUAGGGCAGGGCAAGGCAGGUGCUGGUGUGAAGCAUCCUGCCCAGAGCAGGGCUUGCUGGGAGGAAG